AUGUGUAUACUGAUAGAACUCAAAAUAACGUUAAACAUGGGAAUGUACGUUCUAAUUGGCGUCUUACUUGCCUGCUCUGUAACUGGGCUUCCAGUGAAAGAGGAAGUGCUUUCUGACAAUAUAUUUACUUCAUUGGAUUAUGCAUUCUUUGAAAAUGAAGAAGCAUAUGUGUAUGAUGACAACAAGAACUUGGUGAAGCUGACAUUGGAAGAUGACUACGUCGAGCAAAGUGCAUAUGGAAAUGACAGCGAUGUGUCAGACAGGGUCCUUUUUUAUCUGUACAAAAAAGACAAUCCCAUUGAACCGAAGCAGCUCUACGUCGACGAUAAAGAUACUCUGAAGAACAGCAACUUCGACCCAACACAACCAACGCGUUUUAUAACUCACGGAUGGAAAAGUUCUCGCAACAGCGCAUCAUGCACUUUAAUUCGCGACGCUUAUCUUCAGGUUAGCGAUUACAAUGUUAUCGUCAUCGACUGGAGUGCAAUAAGCAGCAUGUCCUAUGUUUCGGCUACCAGGCGUGUUAUGGCAAUUGGUCAAUUUGUCGCCACUAUGAUUGAUUUUCUUGUAAAGAACGGAAUGAAUCCGUGGGAAACUAAAGUAAUUGGCCACUCUCUUGGUGCCCAUGUAGCUGGAAUCGCUGCUUAUAACGCUACUAGCGAUGUCGAUUACGUCGUGGGACUAGAUCCAGCCUUGCCUGGUUUUAGGGUAGAAGGUCCAGGACUCAGGAUAUCGAAUGAAGAUGCAAAUUAUGUGGAAAUUAUCCACACUAACGGUGGUGUGCUUGGCUUCUUAGAACCCAUUGGAAAUAUUGACUUUUAUCCUAACGGCGGUCAAAAGCAAGUUGGCUGUGGGGUAGAUCUUGGCGGCUCGUGCUCUCACAGUCGCUCGUUUCAGUACUUCGCCGAAUCUAUCACUAGUCACGUAGGGUUCCUCGCGAGACAGUGUGAUAGCUUCUCUAAAUUUAAGUCGGGCCUAUGUAACGACACCCAAGCAUCCUUCAUGGGUGGUCAUAAGCCGUUCUUCAGACCAAACGGUAAAUUUUAUCUGAUAACCAAUCCGUCGUCUCCGUUCGCGAUCGAACCACUCGCGAUGUGA